GGCGUCAGUUUCCCUCAAGAUGGCCGACGAGGAGGCCGGGGGUUCGGAGAGGAUGGAAGUCAGCACCGAGUUGCCCCAGACCCCUCAGCGACUAGCGUCUUGGUGGGAUCAACAAGUUGAUUUUUAUACUGCUUUCUUGCAUCAUUUGGCCCAGUUGGUACCAGAAAUUUAUUUUGCUGAAAUGGACCCAGACUUGGAAAAGCAGGAAGAGAGUGUGCUAAUGUCAAUAUUCACUCCAUUGGAAUGGUACUUAUUUGGGGAAGAUCCAGAUAUUUGCUUAGAGAAAUUGAAGCACAGUGGAGCAUUUCAGCUUUGUGGGAAGGUUUUUAAAAGUGGAGAGACAACAUAUUCUUGUAGGGACUGUGCAAUUGAUCCAACCUGUGUACUCUGUAUGGACUGCUUCCAGAAUAGUGUUCAUAAAAAUCAUCGUUACAAGAAUUCACGUUGCCCAUUGAAUGAAGAGGUAAUUGCCCAAGCCAGAAAAAUAUUCCCUUCAGUGAUAAAAUACAUUGUAGAAAUGACUAUAUGGGAAGAAGAAAAAGAACUGCCUCAUGAACUCCAGAUAAGGGAGAAAAAUGAAAGAUACUAUUGUGUCCUUUUCAAUGAUGAACACCAUUCAUAUGACCAUGUCAUAUACAGCCUACAAAGAGCUCUUGACUGUGAGCUUGCAGAGGCCCAGUUGCAUACUACUGCCAUAGACAAAGAGGGUCGCCGGGCUGUUAAAGCAGGUGCUUAUUCUGCUUGCCAGGAAGCAAAGGAAGAUAUAAAGAGUCAUUCAGAAAAUGUCUCUCAACAUCCACUUCAUGUAGAAGUGUUACACUCUGAGGUUAUGGCUCAUCAGAAAUUUGCUUUGCGUCUUGGCUCCUGGAUGAACAAAAUUAUGAGCUAUUCAAGUGACUUUAGGCAGAUCUUUUGCCAAGCAUGCCUUAGGGAAGAACCUGACUCUGAGAAUCCCUGUCUCAUAAGUAGGUUAAUGCUUUGGGAUGCAAAGCUUUAUAAAGGUGCUCGUAAGAUCCUUCACGAAUUGAUCUUCAGCAGUUUUUUUAUGGAGAUGGAAUACAAAAAACUCUUUGCUAUGGAAUUUGUAAAGUAUUAUAAACAGCUGCAGAAAGAAUAUAUCAGUGAUGAUCAUGACAGAAGUAUCUCUGUAACUGCACUCUCAGUUCAGAUGUUUACUGUUCCUACUCUGGCUCGACAUCUUAUUGAAGAGCAGAAUGUUAUCUCUGUCAUUACUGAAACUCUGCUAGAAGUUUUACCAGAGUACCUGGACAGGAACAAUAAAUUCAACUUCCAGGGUUAUAGCCAGGACAAAUUGGGAAGAGUAUAUGCAGUAAUAUGUGACCUAAAGUAUAUCUUGAUCAGCAAGCCCACAAUAUGGACAGAAAGAUUAAGAAUGCAGUUCCUUGAAGGUUUUCGAUCUUUUUUGAAGAUUCUUACCUGUAUGCAGGGAAUGGAAGAAAUCAGAAGACAGGUUGGGCAACACAUUGAAGUUGAUCCUGACUGGGAGGCUGCCAUUGCUAUACAGAUGCAGUUGAAGAAUAUUUUACUUAUGUUCCAAGAGUGGUGUGCUUGUGAUGAAGAACUCUUACUUGUGGCUUAUAAAGAAUGUCACAAAGCUGUGAUGAGGUGCAGUACAAGUUUCAUAUGUGGUAGCAAGACAGUAGUGCAAUUGUGUGGUCAUACUUUGGAAACUAAGUCCUACAGAGUAUCUGAGGAUCUUGUAAGCAUACAUCUGCCACUGUCUAGGACUCUUGCUGGUCUUCACGUGCGUUUAAGUAGGCUGGGUGCUGUUUCAAGACUGCAUGAAUUUGUGCCUCUUGAGGACUUUCAAAUAGAGGUACUGGUGGAAUAUCCAUUGCGUUGUCUGGUAUUGGUUGCCCAGGUUGUUGCUGAGAUGUGGCGAAGAAAUGGGCUCUCUCUCAUUAGCCAGGUGUUUUAUUACCAAGAUGUUAAGUGCAGAGAAGAAAUGUAUGAUAAAGAUAUCAUCAUGCUUCAGAUUGGUGCAUCUCUAAUGGAUCCCAACAAGUUCUUGUUACUGGUACUUCAGAGGUAUGAACUUGCUGAUGCUUUUAGCAAGACCAUAUCUACAAAAGACCAGGAUUUGAUUAAACAAUAUAAUACAUUAAUAGAAGAAAUGCUUCAGGUCCUCAUCUAUAUUUUGGGAGAACGUUAUGUACCUGGAGUGGGAAAUGUGACCAAAGAAGAGGUCACAAUGAGAGAAAUUAUUCACUUGCUUUGCAUUGAACCCAUGCCACACAGUGCCAUUGCCAAAAAUUUACCUGAGAAUGAAAAUCAUGAAACUGGCUUAGAGAAUGUCAUAAACAAAGUGGCCACGUUUAAAAAACCAGGUGUAUCAGGCCAUGGAGUUUAUGAACUGAAAGAUGAAUCACUGAAAGACUUUAAUAUGUACUUUUAUCAUUACUCCAAAACACAGCAUAGCAAGGCUGAACAUAUGCAGAAGAAAAGGAGAAAACAAGAAAACAAAGAUGAAGCAUUGCCACCACCACCACCUCCCGAAUUCUGCCCUGCUUUCAGCAAAGUGGUUAACCUUCUCAACUGUGAUAUCAUGAUGUACAUUCUCAGGACCAUAUUCGAGCGGGCACUAGAUACAGAUUCUAACUUGUGGACUGAAGGGAUGCUCCAAAUGGCAUUUCAUAUUCUGGCAUUGGGUUUACUGGAAGAGAAGCAACAGCUUGAAAAAGCUCCUGAAGAGGAAGUGACAUUUGACUUUUACCAUAAGGCUUCAAGAUUGGGAAGUGCAGCUAUGAAUGCUCAGAAUAUACAAAUGCUUUUGGAAAAACUCAAGGGAAUUCCCCAGUUAGAAGGCCAGAAGGACAUGAUAACAUGGAUACUUCAGAUGUUUGACACAGUGAAGCGAUUAAGAGAAAAAUCUUGUUUAAUUGUAGCAACUACUUCACGAUUGGACUCUAUUAAGAAUGAUGAGAUUACUCAUGAUAAAGAAAAAGCAGAACGAAAAAGAAAAGCUGAAGCUGCUAGACUGCAUCGCCAGAAGAUCAUGGCUCAGAUGUCCGCCUUACAGAAAAACUUCAUUGAAACUCAUAAACUCAUGUAUGACAAUACAUCAGAAAUGCCUGGGAAAGAAGAUUCCAUUAUGGAGGAAGAGAGAUAUGAAGAAACCCUGGACCCACUUUUCAUGGAUCCAGAUUUGGCAUAUGGAACUUAUACAGGAAGCUGUGGUCAUGUAAUGCAUGCAGUGUGCUGGCAGAAGUAUUUUGAAGCUGUACAGCUGAGCUCUCAGCAGCGCAUUCAUGUUGACCUUUUUGACUUGGAAAGUGGAGAAUAUCUUUGCCCUCUUUGCAAGUCUCUGUGCAAUACUGUGAUACCCAUUAUUCCUUUGCAACCUCAAAAGAUAAACAGUGAGAAUGCAGAAGCUCUGGCUCAACUUUUGCCCCUGGCACGAUGGAUACAGACUGUUCUCACCAGAAUAUCAGGUUAUAAUAUAAGACAUGCUAAAGGAGAAAACCCAACAAUUCCUGUCUUGUUUAAUCAAGGAAUGGGAGAUUCUACUUUUGAGUUCCAUUCCAUCCUGAAUUUCGGAGUUCAGUCUUCGAUUAAAUAUUCUAAUAGCAUCAAGGAAAUGGUCAUUCUCUUUGCCACAACAAUUUAUAGAAUUGGACUGAAAGUGCCUCCUGAUGAAACAGAUCCUCGAAUCCCCAUGAUGACCUGGAGUACAUGUGCUUUCACUAUCCAGGCAAUUGAAAACCUAUUGGGAGAUGAAGGAAAACCGCUGUUUGGAGCACUUCAAAACAGGCAGCAUAAUGGUCUGAAAGCAUUAAUGCAGUUUGCAAUCGCACAGAGGGUUACCUGUCCUCAGAUUCUGAUACAGAAACAUCUGGUUCGUCUCCUGUCAGUUCUUCUUCCUAAUCUAAAAUCAGAAGAUACACCAUGCCUUCUAUCUAUAGAUCUGUUUCAUGUUUUGGUAGGUGCUGUGUUAGCAUUCCCAUCCUUGUAUUGGGAUGACGCUGUUGAUCUGCAGCCUUCAUCAGUUAGUUCUUCCUACAACCACCUUUAUCUCUUCCAUUUGAUCACCAUGGCACACAUGCUUCAAAUACUCCUCACAAUAGACACAGGCCUCCCCCUUGCUCAGGUUCAAGAAGACAGUGAAGAGGCUCGUUCUGCAUCUUCUUUCUUUGCAGAAAUUUCUCAAUAUACAAGUGGCUUCAUUGGGUGUAGUAUUCCUGGCUGGUAUUUGUGGGUCUCCUUGAAGAAUGGCAUCACCCCUUUCCUUCGCUGUGCUGCGUUGUUUUUCCAUUAUUUACUUGGGGUAACUCCACCUGAAGAACUACUUACCAAUUCCACAGAAGGAGAGUACAGUGCACUCUGUAGCUAUCUGUCUUUACCUACAAAUUUGUUCCUGCUCUUCCAGGAGUAUUGGGAUACUGUAAGGCCCUUGCUCCAGAGGUGGUGCACAGAUCCUGCCUUACUAAACUGUUUGAAGCAAAAAAGCACCGUGGUCAGGUACCCUAGAAAAAGAAAUAGUUUGAUAGAGCUUCCUGAUGACUAUAGUUGUCUCCUAAAUCAAGCUUCUCAUUUCAGGUGCCCGCGGUCUGCAGAUGAUGAGCGAAAGCAUCCUGUCCUCUGUCUUUUUUGUGGGGCCAUACUAUGUUCUCAGAACGUUUGCUGCCAAGAAAUUGUGAAUGGGGAAGAGGUCGGAGCUUGCAUUUUUCAUGCACUUCACUGUGGAGCUGGAGUCUGCAUUUUCCUAAAAAUCAGAGAAUGCAGAGUGGUCCUGGUUGAAGGUAAAGCCAGAGGCUGUGCCUAUCCAGCUCCUUACUUGGAUGAAUAUGGAGAAACAGACCCUGGCCUAAAGAGGGGCAAUCCCCUUCAUUUAUCUCGUGAGCGAUAUCGGAAGCUCCAUUUGGUCUGGCAGCAACACUGCAUUAUAGAAGAGAUUGCUAGGAGCCAGGAAACUAAUCAGAUGUUAUUUGGAUUCAACUGGCAGUUACUAUGAGCUCCAACUCUGCCUCAAGACAAUCACGAAUGACGACAGUAACAAAGACUGACUCAAAAUUACAGAGAACUUUCUGAGGGCUGGGGAAGUGUUGGAGGGUCUUUUGCUCCCUGUCCAGAUUCACGUAUGUCAAUAAAAUAUUCCUUAAUGGAA